CUCCCUUCUGGAGUAGUGGGAGGAGUCUAGUGGCUUCCCACUCUGUCCUGUGCUUCGGAAGCAGAUUACCUCCGGAGACACUGAUCACCCGACAACUGUGGUGGGUGACAACAGUAAGUGAGUGACAGCUCUCGGACCUGGACGGCGUGAGCGCGAUGGACAGUUUGUAACUUUGCUUUUGUAGUGGAACGUCAAGUCCACAUUCACGGACCAAACUACGUACGGGACUAUGCCCAGUGCCGAUACAAGUUCAUCAGAAGUAGAGAGAUAUAACAUCUGCGGCGAAAUGGCGGAGCGUGGCAGCGAUGGUAACAACAUCCUCAGCCUCCCGGUACCGAUGCGGCGGGGGGGCUCUGAGUCCAACCUGGUGUCUGACGGGGGCGAGGGGGGCGUGGGCCUGGACUUCACUAAGGGCCGUCUGGCCAUCGACAGCCUGCAGCAGAAGAUACUCAAGGUGACGGAGCAGAUCAAGGUGGAACAGACAGCCAGGGACCAGAACGUGGCAGAGUACCUCAAACUGGUCAACAACGCUGACAAGCAGCAGGUGGCACGCAUACGCCAGGUGUUUGAGAAGAAGAACCAGAAGUCUGCCCACAGCAUCGCCCAGCUUCAGAGGAAGCUGGAGCAGUACCACCGUCGUAUGAAGGAGGAGGCCAACGGGGCCAAGCACCCGCCCAGGGAUGCCCGGGGGGAGGGGGGCAAGGAGGGCCAAAAGGACGGCAGCCUGCGGGACGUCAGCAUGGCCAGCGCGCGCAACCCGGCAAUGGACAAGGUCAAAACCAUCGGCCCCGGGGUCUCCCUCUCGCCCCCCUUCUUCUUCAACAAGUCGCGGGAGUUCGCCAACCUCAUCCGCAACAAGUUUGGCAGCGCCGACAACAUCGCCCACAUGAAGAGCUCCAUGGAGACGGGGGCGGGGCUCCAGGCAGAAGGCGGGGCCCGGGCGCUGAGCGGCAGCGCCACCACGAUUGCCAAGGCCAAGUACCCCAGCGACGACGAAUGUUCCACGGGGACCUCUGUGUCGGCAGACUCCAACGGGAACCCGGCGGGGGGGUCGGGGUUAGGGUCAGGGGGUGGGCCGGGGAGGUCAGACUCUCAAGCGAGGCUGGGGGAGGUGCUGGAGGAGGUCAGGGAGAUUAGGGAGGCCCAGGCACAGCUGGCCGAGGACAUGGAGUCACUGAAAAGCCAGUUCAAGAGUGACUACAGCUUCAUCACACAGACACUGCAGGAGGAGAGAUACAGGUUUGAGCGGUUAGAGGACCAGUUAAAUGACCUGACAGAGUUGCACCAGCAUGAGACCAGUAACCUGAAGCAGGAGCUGGCCAGCAUCGAGGAGAAGGUGGCUUACCAGGCCUACGAGAGAGCUAGGGACAUCCAGGAGGCUCUGGAGUCGUGUCAGACGCGUGUCUCUAAGCUGGAGCUCCAGCAGCAGCAGCAGCAGACGGUACAGGUGGAGAACACAGACGCCAAGGUGCUGCUGGGGAAAUGCAUCAACAUCAUGCUGGCCAUCGUCACGGUGAUCCUGGUGUGCGUUUCCACGGCGGCCAAGUUCACCGCGCCCCUCCUGCGGAGCCGCAUGCACCUGGCUUUCACCUGCAUGGGUUUGUCCCUACUGGUGGUCAUCUGGAAGAACUGGGAGCACCUGCAGUGUGCCCUGGAACGCAUGCUCCUCCCACACUGAGCUAGACUCCUCCCAUGUUAAGCUAGUCUCCACCCAGUCUGAUUUUGUCCCCCUCACACUGUGGGUUUGGCACCACCCAUACCGAGCUUGCGACUUUGGAACUCUGUGACGUUGUCAUAGUGAUAGAUUAAAUGGGGCGGUGUUUACAAUGUAGCCUUACACCCCACCACCCUUGUGUCUCUCCCCCUCUCUGUCUUUUGGAGUUUGGGCAGAACUCCUUGAGGGAAAUUGUUUCCAAACGGUGCCAGUGUGCCACUACAGUACAAAUUACAGGAAAGCAAGACUGACCAAUCAGAUGGUGGCUACAGAGGAAGCAGGACCAGUCACAUACAGUAUUAUUGCGGACACUGGUCUUUGUGUGGUUGUCAAUCUCAAUAGGACAUUGAACUGCACUAUACAGGUGGUAAGCUUUACGUAUAACCUUUAUAGGGGAAACAAGGGGUCCCUCGAUUGGUUCCCUGUCUUUUGCGGAGUCGUACUUACGUCACCUUAAUUACACUAACACACUGACAGUAUUAAAGACCUCUGGCUCUGAUCCACACACAGUCUCACUCCCACCCCCCCAAGCCACUAUGAUACACAUUCACCCACACUCACACUGACAGGAAUGAGACUUGUGUGUCAGUGUAUGUACAGGGGGUGGGGGUGUUCUCCAUGUGAGAGAGCUUUGUCUGUGUGUACCUGUACUGUCAAGUGAUGAAAUGUUUUAUAAUUGAAAAAAAAGAGACAAAGGACAAUGUUUCUUUUUUAAAGUGUAAUAUUUGUCUGAGUGUCCGUGAAGAGUGGUUAAUUUUUUACAAAGGAAUGGUAAUGAACUGCAGGACUGCCUCUUGUUUCUGUGUACUGGUAUGCGGGUUUGUGGAUAAAUGGUGUCUUAUGUACUCUAUAGUCUAUUAACAGAUGCAGUGGAACUGCCACAGGUCUAGUCUAUAAGGGGUGAAUUCACCCCAAGAGUUAUGUGUUCUCUCUCCCAAAGGAAAUGCAUAGACUGACCCUUUAGCCGCUAACAUGCUAACUGUAUGAGUGAUAUCCUCUGCUAGUCUUUGAUGAAUCUGGGGGGAGGUAACCUCUGACCUGACACACAAACCUCAUUUCUGAUUCCUCCUUUAAUAUUGAUGAUAAUGUCAUUGUUGUGAAAUAGGAAUUAAGCUCUGUUCAGAAUGGGCUGAACAAAGGAUUUGACUUCUACCAAAUGGUUCAGACAGAUUUGAACACAUUUUAUUUAUUUUCUCUGAAAUGUUUAAUAUUGUUGAGCCUUUUUACAAUGAGAACAAAAUGAACAUUCUAAAUGCCUUUGAUGCUAUCGUCUGAUUGGACGAUACCCCUGUAAGCUACUUAUCACUGUGAUGAUGAUGAUGUGGGCCAGGCCUAAUUGCCUUUUCAAUGCAGCUUCUGUGUUAAACCUGAUAUUUUCUGUGCUUUGGUCUCUGCCUCUUUUAAAAAGCCAAAUGUGGGUUGGUUCUAUGUGGCUGGUUGGCACCUUGAGUAAUAUAGUAUGUCAUGUCCUGAACCAUUGAUAUUUACACAGAGUUCCGGCUCUAUCCCAAAUCUAUCUAUUCCCUGUCUCUGUGUCUGGAGAGAGAGCCAUAUCCCAGAUUCACAGCCCAGGGACAAUAAUUCCGGUGUCUAGAUUCCGGUAUGUUAUCCCCUCGGAGUAGCAUUGCACAUUGUUGGUUUUAAUCUAGUUGUGGUUUUCCAAAACACAGUUUUUAAAACGAGAACAAAAAUAAAUCUUCCUUUUCUAGAAA